AUAUACAAAAUCUCAAGCAUAGAAGAAUAAAUCCUAACAAUUUGCAAGAAAGAUAAAAACAUUAAAGCCUCCACUCCACACAUGCAGCUUCUAUCAUAGAAAGAUUUGUAAGAAACAACAGAAGACCAAAACAAGGUCAAAAUUAAACAUCCCGCUGAAGUGGAGUUUAUCUGUUUCAGUUUUGGAAUCUGCUAUGUUAGUUUGACAGUUGCCUAAAUUUGUGGAAAUGUCUGCUAUGUUGUUAUAGGUUUUCAGUUAAAAGAGCGUUGUAUAUUCCAAGAGAAGUUGUACGAAUACAAAAGCUCAAAAUGUAUGGAAGCUCAGUCUACUCUCAGUUUUUUCUAUAGCUAAGCAAUUUUAUCUUUCAUUCAAAGGAUUUCUCUCAAACAUUUCUUCAGACACUUGUUUGUAAGUUUCUCUACAAGCAUGCAAAUCCAUAUCUCUUUGAAGAUAAAAAUGAGAAAAAUGGUACCUUUAACAACCGUGGAAGGUCUAGAAUCAUGGAAAGUAACAGCAAAAUCCACAUCUUUAUCGCAAACCUGAUCAUUACCCGGUUCCAUCACAUCUUCCCGGGCCCUGAGCUCAGUUGCCAAUUCAAGCAUACCGCUAACACUCAACCCUCCACCAGGAUUGGCUAACUUCGAAGCCACCGGUUCACGCAUUUCGACCACUCUAUACACUUCGUGUUCAUUCUCUGAACCCUCCACCGCUCCCGAACGCGCCAGACCUCUCUCGUAGGUGCUCAAUUUUGCUGCCCACUCCACAAACGAAGGACCCAUUAACGCCCAAGCCUCUUUCAAAUACUCCAAAACCAAUCUCACAGCCUCAUUCCGAGUAUUCAUACCCAAAAGCUUCUUACAUACACCAUCGUCCCAAACCGCCUUCUCAACCUCAUCCCAACACCUCUUCAAAUCCACCGUUAACAAAUUACUCUUCUUCCCAGACCUCUCCAAUUGACAAACUCUCCCUCUCCAAAUCCGGUCAAUUGCGUUCAAAUAUUUCUCACCAGGCUUUCCACCACCGCUCACCAAAAACUUCACCGUACACUCCAAAGCCACAGCACAAUAAGCAGCUUUCAUAGACUCCACAAUGGCGGUGGCCGCGCCUUCUUCUUGCCUGGAGUCCAACGCCUCCACUAAUUCCAGAUUUUGGAGAAUGGAUUCGGUGACCAAAGCGUCUGAAACGUCGCACUCAAUGGUCCGAAGGAGCAGAAUCUUCUUCCAACGCAAGUCGUGGUUGGGAAUGGGCAAAACCGAGAGGGCUCUCGUGGGUAAUCUAUCAUUGUCAGGGCUUCGAAUGAGAUACUCCAGAAUCCACCGUGAAACAUCCAUGGCUCACUCUCAGACUCAGACCAACAGGUCUCUCUUUUCUUAUCUUUCUUCUUUCUUUACGUCUCACCGUGCUAGAAACGACCUGUCGUUUAAUUGGUCACAAACGAUUAAACGACACGUCGUUUUCGCCAAACUUCUAAAGCCGCUAAAAGCGUCGUCUUCACUCUUCUGCAAACAACCCUCGAAGAAAAGAAUAAUCAAAUUUCAUUACCUUAGCACUCGACGAACUCAUACUUCUCCAAAGACAAGUACUCUUCUCUGUCCCUCUCUUCCCCGCCGUACAACAAUGGCUACAGGUCGCUGUACCUUCUCCUCUGACGAUAUUGUCAUAAAGUCUCCCAACGAUAGCCGGUUGUACAGAGUUAUCAAGCUCGAAAAUGGCCUCUCUGCAUUGCUUGUUCACGAUCCAGAGAUCUAUCCAGAUGGGCCUCCCGAUAACAAUGAAGCAGAAGCAAUGGAUUGUGAAGAAGAUGACUGUGAUGGAGAAGAAACCGAGGACAGUGAAGACGAAGAGGACGAGGACGACGAUGAAGAUGACGAAGAAGAUGAUGAAUGUGAGAAUGGGAAAGGAAAUGGAGGAGCUUCUCAGACUAAGAAGGCCGCUGCUGCUAUGUGUGUAGGAAUGGGCAGCUUCUCCGACCCUGUUGAUGCGCAAGGGCUUGCACACUUUCUUGAACAUAUGCUGUUCAUGGGGAGUACGGAAUUUCCUGAUGAGAACGAGUAUGAUAGUUACCUGUCCAAGCAUGGAGGGGCAUCAAAUGCAUACACAGAAACAGAGCACACCUGCUACCAUUUCGAAGUGAAACGGGAGUUCCUUAAGGGUGCUUUGAGAAGGUUUUCUCAGUUCUUUGUUUCACCUUUAGUGAAAAUGGAAGCAAUGGAACGAGAAGUGCAGGCUGUAGAUUCUGAGUUUAACCAGGUUUUACAAAAUGAUGCUUGCCGCCUUCAACAACUUCAGUGCCAUACAUCAACCAGUGGUCAUCCUUUUAACAGAUUUUUUUGGGGUAAUAAGAAGAGCCUUGUCGAUGCCAUGGAGAAGGGAGUUGACUUGCGGACACACAUAUUGCAGCUGUACAAUGAUUAUUACCAUGGUGGAUUGAUGAAGCUAGUUGUCAUUGGUGGAGAAUCUCUUGAUGUCCUUGAGGAAUGGGUGCUGGAGCUAUUUGGUAAUGUUAAAAAAGGUCACCCUGUAAAUUUGGAGUUCAAAGUGGAAGUUCCCUUCUGGAAAUCAGGAAAACUAUAUCGGCUAGAAGCUGUUAAAGAUGUUCAUAUCCUGGACUUAACAUGGACGUUGCCAUGUCUUCAUAAAGAGUAUAUGAAGAAACCCCAAGAUUAUAUAGCUCAUGUCCUCGGGCAUGAGGGUCGAGGAAGUUUGCUUUUCUUUCUUAAAGCUAAAGGAUGGGCAACAUCUCUAUCUGCUGGUGUUGGGGAUGAAGGCAUGCACCAUUCGUCAAUAGCUUAUAUUUUUGGGAUGUCAAUUCACCUCACUGACUCUGGCUUGGAGAAGAUAUUCGAAAUUAUUGGCUUUGUUUAUCAGUACCUCAAGUUAUUGCGUCAAGUUUCUCCACAAGAAUGGAUAUUUAAGGAACUCCAGGAUAUUGGAAACAUGGAUUUUAGAUUCGCCGAAGAGCAGCCCCAGGAUGAUUAUGCCUCAGAACUUGCAGAGAAUUUACUACGUUAUCCUACAGAGCAUGUAAUCUAUGGAGACUAUGUCUACAAUACAUGGGAUGAGGACUUGUUAAAAUAUGUUAUUGGUUUCUUCAAACCUGAAAACAUGAGGAUUGAUGUGGUAUCAAAAUCCUUCAAGUCAGAAGGUUGUCAAUUUGAACCUUGGUUUGGAUCGCGGUACGUCGAGGAAGAUAUUUCAUCUUCCUUGAUGGACUUAUGGAGGGAUCCUCCUGAAAUCGAUGUUUCAUUACAUCUUCCUUCAAAGAAUGAGUUCAUUCCUUCUAAUUUUUCCAUCCAUGCCGAUAAUGCGUCCAACAGUACUGCAAAUGCUUCUCCAAGAUGUAUACUUGAUGAUCCAUUGAUGAAGUUCUGGUAUAAGCUUGAUGACACUUUCAAACUUCCUCGUGCAAAUACAUAUUUCCGUAUCAACUUGAAGGGUGGAUAUGACAACAUAAAGAAUUGUGUUUUGACCGAACUAUUUAUUCACCUCCUCAAAGAUGAGCUAAAUGAACUUGUAUAUCAGGCCAGUAUUGCCAAGUUGGAAACUUCUGUAUCUGUUCUAAGUGAUAAGUUAGAGUUGAAGGUCUAUGGUUUCAACAACAAACUUCCAGUUCUGUUAUCCAAACUUCUUGCAACAGCCAAAAGUUUCUUGCCAACUGAUGAUCGAUUCAAGGUCAUUAGAGAAGAUAUGAAGAGAGCAUUGAAGAAUACCAACAUGAAGCCUCUGAGUCAUUCAUCAUAUUUGAGAUUGCAAGUUUUAUGUCAGAGUUUCUAUGAUGCCAAUGAGAAGCUUCAGUUGUUAGAUCAGUUAUCUGUUGCUGAUCUGAUUUCAUUUAUUCCCGAGCUUCGUUCACAGCUAUACGUCGAGGGCCUCUGCCAUGGAAAUUUGUUAGAAGAAGAAGCAAUUAGCAUUGCAAAUAAGUUUAGAGAAGUUUUUCUGGCACAAGCACUCCCAUAUGAAAUGAGACACAAAGAAUAUGUUAUCUGUCUUCCUGCAAGUGCUAACCUUGUUAGAGAUGUUACUGUGAAGAACAAGAUGGAAAAGAACUCAGUGAUCGAGCUUUAUUUUCAAAUUGAGCAGGACAUGGGGAUGGAUUCUGUUAGACUGAAAACACUGGUUGAUCUGUUCGAUGAAAUUGUGGAAGAACCAUUGUUUAAUCAGCUAAGGACAAAGGAACAGCUUGGUUAUGUCGUAGAAUGUAGCCCUCGGAUAACAUACCGUGUUUUUGGAUUUUGUUUCUGUGUUCAAUCAGCUGAGUAUAACCCGGUUUAUUUGGAAGAGAGAAUUGAGAACUUCAUCAAUGGUCUGGAAGAAUUGUUGGAAGGACUUGACAAAAAUUCUUUCGAGAAUUACAAAGAUGGAUUAAGGGCAAAGCUAUUGGAGAAAGAUCCAUCUCUUUCGUACGAAACCAAUCGUCUGUGGAAUCAGAUUGUCGAUAAAAGAUACAUCUUCGACUUAUCGAAGAAGGAAGCAGAUGAACUUGGAAAUAUCCAGAAGAGUGAUGUUAUCAACUGGUACAAAACGUAUUUGCAACAGUCAUCUCCCAAGUGUCGAAGGCUUGCAAUUCGGGUGUGGGGUUGCAACACCGACUUGAAAGAGGCCAAGAAGCGAUCGAAGCCGGAGCAAGUCAUUGAAGACGCUGCAGCUUUCAAGAUGUCAUCCAAGUUUUAUCCAAGCAUUUGUUGAAAACAACGACCAUCAUCGACAUGUGAAGGGAAUUUAUUUCCCUUCAAAGACAUUUUGAAAAAAAAAAUCUUAAUUUUGACUUUUUAAGUUGUAACUUGUAAGUUGGUUCAAUUCAAUGUUGCGAUAAAAACCGUUGUGAGAGAGAAGUAUAGAUACAUUAAUGAUUAAACUUCAAUAUCACAUUGAUAUAUGACACAAUUUUUUUUUUUUACAAGUUAUAGCAAUAAAUUAAGUAAAUUGUGAUUUUUCA